AUGGUCCCGCCGCCUGACCCCUCCCAGUGUCCUAGCCACCAUGACCCGUACACCCUCACCCUGAGCAUCCUCCUCUGCACCGGCCUCGUCAUCAGCUACCUUCCUCAGCACUACCGCAUCAUCUCGACAGGCACGAGCGAGGGCCUAUCACCUUGGUUCCUCCUCCUCGGCGCGACGUCGAGCGCGUCGGGCAUGCUAAACCUCCUCAUCCUGCAGUGGCCGCUGUUCCAGUGCUGCCGCGUAGUCUCGGGCGGGCAGUGUGCCGAGAGCCUUCUCCGCUUCGUCCAGGUCGGCCUGCAGUGGCUUCUCUUCUCGAUCAUCCUCGCCCUGUACAUCAUCUACUUCCCGCGCACGCCGCGCAUGCGGCCUCUAGCGCUCCAGGGCCAGCCUCAACUUGAUUACGGCGCUACGCGAGGAAACGCGGUCGAUGCUGAGACGCCGUCACCUGCGACAGUCGGCGAGUUCCGCAAGCUCCGUGAACAGAACGACAGGGAGUGGCGCACGGCCAAGGGCGUGGCCUGGGCCGUCUGUCUGCACCUCACGCUACUCACGACGCUCACGUUCGUGUUACUCGACAAGCUGCCCACGACGGUGCCGCCACAGAAACCGCUGCGCCUGCUCGCUACGUUUUGCGGGCUCAGCGCCACGGCCCUCGCCGUGUGCCAGUACGCGCCGCAAAUUGUCAAGACGGCCAACGCGGGACUCGUCGGCGCACUUAGUAUCGGCACAAUGCUCAUCCAGGUGCCAGGGAGCAUCGUGUUCUGCAUCUCGAUCAUGCUCGGCGAGAACACUGACUGGACGAGCUGGAUGCCCUACGCCGUCACAGGCUUGAUGCAAGCGUGUCUCUUGAUCAUCUGUCUUUUCUGGAAGAAGCGCCAGAGGUGGCUUGGUAUCGACGACUUUGGCAACCCCCUCCCAUCGAGUGUACCCGAGCACGCCAACGGUGAGCGUGCGCCGCUGCUCAAUGGCAACAACUAG